GGAUCUUUUCUCACUCGUUCGCGAAAUUUAAGAUUCAAUAUUACGAGCUUUGUGGUCGUCAUUGUUUUUCUUAAUUUCUUAUCGAAAUUUUCUCGAAAGAUUUGAUUCACCUUUGUCGUGUUGUAUUUUUCCAUCCGACGAUUUCUUUCCCUAUUGUUUUCUAUAGCCGAGUGUACUUUAACCUCAGCCGAUAAACCACAAUAGGAUUGAGGCCUGGAGACAAUAGAAACAGUCGCAUUCUUUUUUCUCCAAAAAAGACAAUCAAUAUAGGCUCGGGACAAUAACGACUUUCCUUUUUAUGACCUUAUAGCUUGGUGUAUCUUUACUUUUAUCUUUUUGUUACGAGAGCACUAUUCCAUUUCCCUAUAUCAAACGUUGAUCAAGUCACGAUCUACAACAUUACAAGUCAACCACAUCGAACCACAACGUCGACAACCAGUACGAUAUCACUCAAGACACCAUGUCGCUCAAAUCAAACGUUCCCAGAACCUCCAAUGAGGUGGCCUUAGGUCACUUUGUUUUCCAAACAGUUUCUCAAGAUAUGAUCAACUACCUUGCUCAGAAGGCAAGAGAAGUUAUUCAGUGCGAACCUACACAAAUUUCCUCAAGUCAAGGCCCCUCACCGCCGCGAACUCCCCCUCAAGAGAAAAGAUCAGCAUCAGAUUUGCCGUCAUUAGAGAGAUUCAUUACUUCUUUGAUCAAGAGGUCCAACGUCCAAGUACCUACACUCAUGACCAGCUUGGUAUACCUAGCUAGACUAAAGAAGAGACUGCCACCAGUUGCAAAAGGUUUAAGAUGUACAGUUCACAGAAUUUUCCUUGCAACACUGAUCUUAUCGGCCAAAUUUCUUAACGACUCAUCACCAAAGAACAAGCACUGGGCCGAAUACUCGAAUGUCCGAGGUUAUCCAGACUUUUCAUUUACCAGGACAGAAGUCAAUCUCAUGGAGAAGCAGUUACUUCAGCUACUCAACUGGGAUUUGAUUGUCAGUUCUGAUGAUCUCUACACUCAUUUGGAACCUUUCCUUACUCCAAUCCGAUUUGAUUUGGAUCGAAAGCAAGAACAAUACCGCCUUCGCGAAGCACGUCAACAAGCUCAACGAGAACAAGAAGCUCUUGCAAUGCAAAACAUGUCCUUCGACCCAGCCGGAAGAUACUGGAUUCCAACAACCGAAGAAAAGUACAUGCCAUACUACGGCGAGCAACAAUCCCUCUUCACUUCCGAAGAUCCAUACAACCACUACUCACCACCUUCAUCAUCCGAGAUUCCCGGUCUUACUCGCAGCGGUACUGCCGAUACUCUCGACGCCAUGUCCUCCUCUGCCUCGUCUUACAUCUCCGAAUUAUCUCGCUCGGGUACACCUCUAUCAUCUGUCAGCAGCUACCUUGACGAGAACGAUGCCAUGCAAUGCGAUACCUACUCCCCUUCAGGCGUGACUGUCCAAGUUGCCGGCGCUGAUGGCAAGCUCAGACCUAUGCUUCCCUACGAAAUUGAUAACAUGGCUCACCAUGACAACAUGGCAAUGGCAGAGGAAAAACGUCGCGCGCCCAAGAAGUCAAAGGGCAACUUCUUAACACGAUACUUUGGUGGUCAAAAGAAUCUCUCCACUGCGUGAAGUUCUUAUGCACUUCUCAUUCUGGUUUCGGAUCGGGAGUUUAUCGGAAGGAAGGAAGAAAAUGGCGUGUUUGGUUUACGAAUUUCUUUGUAUCAAUUGAUGAAUUUUCGUCUUUUUUUUUUUUUUUUUUUUGCUCUUAUCGAACUUGAGAAUGGGGUCUCAUGAGCAUGAGAGUUUGCAUUAUAUCACAUCUUGCAUCGCAAGGAGUUUAUUGGGCGUUUAGAUUGGAGUUCAAUCACAUCACAUCACAUCGCAUCAUGGAUGGGAAUGUGGAAAGAGAUGUCAGAAGGAUAAUCUUGAUCUUCAGGAUGAGAAAGCAAAUCUGGAUUUCUUUUGCCAUCUGGAAUAGGAUGAGAUGUCUUUUUGACCGGAAGGAUUGGGAUGGAUGGACGAAUUGGGACUUGGGCACGGGAAUACCCUGAGUUAUUUGAAGUGCAUAUACGCUGGGACUGGGUGGAAACACGUGAUAACGUCAACGUUACAUAAGCAUGGAAUGGCAUUGGUAGCAUUAGCAUAGAAUUUUUUGGUCUGGUUGGACCUGAUCGGCAUGGAUCUGAUCGCUUGUGUUCGUCAGGGAAUACAUUGAAAGGUGGAUUUUAAUUAUUAAUAUGUUACACUGCUACCA